ACAACGUGCUAGGUGUUCUAAACAGACCAAGGUUGUGGUACAAUAAUUUCUUUUAUCUGUCAUCUUGGGCGUUCAGAAUUUAAAAAAAAACAUGGCAGAAUUCGUUCAGCAAAGUAUAGAAGAGAUGCUCCCGGAGUUAGAGCAAAUGGAAAGGGUUAAGUUAUUCUCUAAAGCCGAAGCGAAAUUAAUUUUAAAGAAAAGAACUGCAUAUGAAUACAAACUCAGAAGAAGAACUAAAAGAAAGGAAGAUUAUUUGCAAUAUAUUCAGUAUGAGAUCCAUCUGCUGUCACUUGUUAGGAAGAGAAGAGAAAGAACUGGUUACAUGUUUAAAAGAGAAGAGAUUGAUGUGUCCAUAAUACAAAGAAUACAUCGAUUAUUUAGGUUGGCUAUUUAUAGGUUUCAGGAUGAUUUAAAGUUAUGGUUAUCGCACAUUGCCUUUAGCAAGAAAAGGCAUGAGAAGUCUUCUGUUAGCAAGAUUUUCACCAGAAUGCUCCAAGUCCAUAACAAGAACCCAGAGCUUUGGGUUAUGGCAGCCAAGUGGGAGUUUGAAGACAAUAAAUCAACAGAUAAUGCCAGGAAUCUACUCCAGAGAGGACUGAGAUUUAACCCAACUUCACAAGUAUUGUGGCUAGAGUACUAUAGGAUGGAGCUGCUGUACGCUGAUAAAGUUAAGAAAAGGUUAAAGAUUCUUGGAACCAGUCUUGAUGAGGGAAAUGAGACAUCAGAUGCAGUAUUGCAAAACAAAAUAUCUCCUGUGGUAUACAAGAAUGCUUUGGAAAUAUGUUCAGAUGUGAAGUUCCAUUUGUCAUUCCUAGAAAUAAGCAAGUUGUUCAGUUUCACAGAGGACCAUCAAAAGGAAAUACUGCAUGAUUUAAUUGAGCUUCAUGGAGACAAAGAGCUGACAUGGGAUGCAUUGGCAAGACAGAAUAUCAAGCCAUUAGUUGACGGCAGCUCAAAAAAGGAACAAACAGCUGCAAUGGAAAGGAUGGAAGCAGAUUGUUUUGCAGUUUAUGAAGAAGCAACACAGAGGCUAACCACAAAAACAAUGUGGAACCUAUAUAUUACAGCAUGUUUAGAAAGAUUGAGGAUGAAGGGAUCUGAAAAAUUAACCCAGAUGCGGCUGGCCAGGUGUUGUGGUGCAUUUCAAUGUGCACAGAAGGUGGGCCUACUGUCAGAGAACAUGUUUGAAGAAUGGGUUGAGUUAUUAACCAGUACUGCCCAGAUCAGCCAGGCUUUGGAGGUGAUUUCUCAGGCCACCAGCUUGUAUCCCAGGUGUGUCAAACUGUGGAUGUGCCACCUAAACCUUGCCAUCACUACAACUGAGGACAAUCAUCAACUCCAUAACUUAUUUCAGAAGGCACUUAGUUCUGUUGAUGAUCAGGAUGCCUUACCAAUUUGGAAUAUGUUCUUCCAGUGGGGAGUUGCAGUGAAAAUGGACAAAAUGGAUGAUGUUUUGCAGAAUGGUAUAAAUAUGUGCAAGUCCAGAGAUGUAGUGGUAUCACUAAAGGUGCUGUACUUAGAGUGGGCAGCACUUCAUGACGGCGUACACAAGGCAAAAGCAGUGUAUAAGAGUUUAUCCAAAGCUCAACCAGUUUCAUUAAGCUUCUACAGAAAGUAUAUAGAAGUAAUUAGCUCUCAGUCAGCCUUCAAGAUGAAAACUCUACGCAGUGUUUAUGAAGAUGCACUACGAGAAUAUGGCACACAUGACACAGAUCUGUGGUUAGAUUACAUAAGUCUAGAACUGAACCACUGCAAGGGAGAGCCUGAGAAUGCUAGCAAGUUGCACUGGAGAGCUAUGAAGACACUUGAUGGGCAGUUGACAGAAAAAUUCAUUGCUCAAUACACGUUACUGCAGACUGGACAUGCAUAAGGAAUUUUAUAUUGGAUAUCACUGAAAACUAUCAGAUUUAUACUACAGAUAAAAUCAAUACACAAAUGAAAGAUUUAGUAUUUAUACAGCAGCUAACAAAACGUUAUGAAUAAUAUAACUGAACUACUACGUAGUGCAUGAGAGUAUUUUUAGGUCCAUAUACAAGUUGCAGUGGUAAGACUAGUAUGAAGGUGUUGUUGCCAGUAUGAGGUUUUUAGAAAACUGUGUUUUGAAAUUGGUGAAAAUAAUUGCAAAAUUUGAAUUCACUUUGAAAAAUUAAUAGUCAGAGAAGGAAGGAGACGCAAAUCAGAUAAGAAUAAAGAGUGAGAAGCUAUAGGAA